AUGCAUGCGGGCGACUCGCCGUACUUCUAUGAACCCGAGUUCUUCAUCCCUAAGGCUCAGGUCGACGAAUACGGCCAGCGCAUCAUUGCAGUGCGCAAGAAGCCUCCGCGACCCUCAUGCGCUCCAAAGGUGCCUGCGCACAUCGUCAAUGAGUGCGAGAAGUCGUAUGAGGCCGCGGACGAGAAGAAAGUCAAGACAAGUGCAAAUCGAUUCAACAAUACCAGCGUGAUGGCCCUAAUCUGCCAUCACAACAUACCCAUUUUCCUAGCUAACGUAGAUACUCCAGGCGAGCAACAGAAAUAUGCGAUCACGCUCCUCGAGCAUCUCUUUACAUUCCUCCCCCCCAAUGCGACUGUUGUGGCACUGUACGACAUUGGCUGUGUCAUCGAUCGCAGCCUCGAACUGUACAACAUCCUACCUGUUGAUAUCCACCAACAACUCAUAUUCGCCAUCUCCGCAAUGCACGCAUACGGCCAUCAAUGGGCCUGUCAGAUCAUCUACAACCCCCGUUUACAUGAAGGCCUCAGGCUCACCGAUGGUGAGGGCGUCGAGAGGCUCUGGUCGAGGCUCCGUAAGCUCAUUCCCAUCACAUGCUCAUCUGCGCAAUCACAGCGUAUCUGGCUGAUCGACUGUCAGGCCAAGGUUAUCAGCCUUGAUCUGCAUGACGAUCUGGGCCACUGGAUCGCCCAACGCCUACGCCAUGGAGUGGAAUCAAGGGAGGCAUCAUCUUUUGAAGAGCUGGCGCGAGUAGGUAUUCCCAAGGAGGAGCUACGAGAUGAAUGGAAGCAGCAAUGCGUAGCGCAGACAUCUAUCAGAGUGCAUGCUCCAGUGCAUCUCAAGAAGGAGCUGGAUGUUGUGUUGAGCCUGCAGGCUGACCUUGACACUGUCAACAAGGCUAUCGGAAUAACACGGAUAGUCCUUGAAAAUGGUGAAGCGUCUGCCGAGUCCCAUGAAGUCGUCGCGAGCCUCGAACGAUCACAUACAUGCCUGGUUGAUAAGGUAGAGGUCCUAUACUCAUCGCUCAACAUCACGGACAGCUUCCCAGACUUUGGAAACGUCAGCCUCGAGUUCGUGAGGCUGCUACUAAUGGCACGCGACCUGAAGAUCAACAUUCGCAAGUGCGCAGUGGGGAGCUUCUUUGAAUGGGAUUGGCUGGACCAAGCGGUCGGUGGACAGCACAACCCUCUAGGCACCAAGAUCCAUCAGCAGACCCGCAAAGCAAUUGCGAAGUGUACACCCGCCCUCAAGACAGUGAUCCGCAAGUUCAAUCGCUAUUGCGAGACCCUCAAAGAACUCAAACAGCUGGAGUGGACCAUCACCGUACCCCUUCCACUUCCCACUGACCUCAACGCCUAUCAUAUGCCAACUCAUGACAAUGCCCUCCGCGAUGAUGCCAGCCUCCUCGCUGAUGUCUGGAUUGACCCCUCACAAGCUCAAGCCCCCCGAUGGCUCAAAGACGUCGACGUCCGCAAGGGUAUUCGCACGCUCCUACUUGGAGACCGUUGUCUAGAGAAGCGGCGCUGCUUAGGAAGAGAGGCAGACAACAUCUGUCGUUGGUAUGGUAGUGAGCUUGCAGCCGCCAAACUGGCAUUGGCGACAUCAUCCAAUGCGGAUAUCGCGUUUCUGCUACAGCAAUGCACCACACUUGUGUCCGAGAUGACUCCCCUCCCUUACAUCAUCCAUCAAGAUGAUACAGACCCCUAUGGGCAUCUGGAGGAGGAGGAACCGUCAUACCUUGAGACAGAACAGCAUUUGGUGGAGGAUGUCUUCCUGGACGACGCUAGUGGCGAUGAGGGGCCCCCUGAGGAUGCAAGGUCCGAGGCAUCUGUCAUGACGAUAACCAUGACAUGGGAGACUCCAAUCCAUGUCACCAUCGAUGACGCUCCCCACCUCCUGCAAGCCACGGCCCCAGUCCUCUCGCAAUCGUUGCAAAGCAACAUCCACCUCGAUGUGUCAGACAUGAGUUGCCUGCAGAACCAGAGUGCGUGGAUGAAUGAUAGCUGCAUCAACGCAUGCAUGCAGCUCCUCCAACUCGUCUUCCUGGGUCCAGGAGGUGAGUGGGUGGCACUCCUGUCCACAUACAUGCUCCCCCUAGUGCGCGCAGAUGCCGGUGAUGCGACCCUCUGGCGCAAUGCGGCAAGCACACAUUUCUGGGAGAAGGAUGUAUGGACAAUCCCGAUCCACUACGAGGACCAUUGGAUGCUGGCGACCAUUGACAUUCCCUGGUCGCACGUUGCCUACUUCGACAGUUUUGCCCGGGAGCAUCCAUGGGAGGGUCAUAUUCAGGACGUCAUGCAGCUCACCGCGCGCCUGCUCAACAUUGCAGUGGAUAAGGGUCAUCACAUUGUCCACGCACAACGUGCAUGGGCCGUGUAUCCGACCACACAGCACAUCAGCACAACACAUACAACUGCAGCGUAUGGAUACUGGCCGUCAUCACGGCAGUUUUGCAUGGGUAUGACAUGA